AUGGAGCAGCAUGUAGCCUCCACGCCUUCCGUUGCUUUUCUGCACCAACUGCAUCAGCAUGUGCUCAAUCGGCAAGUACUUGAACAGAUUAAAGAGAUGAAAGAUUCUCUUAAUCUGAAUACUUCAGCACUUGCCCAAACAAGUGGAGGUUUUCAAUUCGCUUCUUCACCCCCUCCCAGCAUGAAGUAUAUUGAGGAGGCACUCGUUGUCGGACAAGUUUUUGCAUCCGCCAGAUUUGAGGAGCUAAUUGAUUCAGAGCAGCACAAAAAUGUGUCUCGUUUCGGCAUACUUGGGAAGGGCGGAGCCGGGAAGGCUCUACUGCUUAGACGAGUCUUCAACAGUAACCAGCUACAGAAUCUCUUUUGCAAUGACUUGAUGCUUUGGCUUACUGUUUCACAAAAUCCAUCAUUCAAUGUUCUUAGAAAUGAGCUUGUCAAACAAAUAACUUUUCAAGUAAAUGAAAGAUUGGACAGCAGGGAAGAAGACUCUGUGAAAACAUGGUUUAAUCAAAUCAUGAGAAAACACAAGUUUGCCCUGUUUUUAGAUUAUGUUUGGGAAACAAGUGCAGCAUCCUUAUUAGAGGAGCUCUGUGUUCCUCACUUCACACACCUCAACUCCAGCAUCAUCAUUGCCACUUCCAGAAGUAAGAGUGUUCUCUCACAGAUGGGUGUUCCAGCUCGAUCAAUCAUUCAUAUGCAAGACUUGACCGAGAAUGAUAGCUGGAGAUUGUUUUCUUUCCAUGCUUUUCCACACAGCGAUGGAAUUUUACCCAUGGGCAUUGACCAAGAAAUAGCGGAGCGUGUUUGCAAGGAGUGCGGAGGGCUUCCAUUAGCCCUGAAAGUAAUUCGACAGGCAAUGGCAGGCAUAACUCAGUCAAAUGAAUGGGAAUUCACACUCCAGAGGUUGCAGAAUGAUUACACCAUUUGUAGAUUAGGAUAA